UCUCAGUGGCGCAGCUGACCCGUACGGUUACGGUGGAUAACCCGUCCCAGUAGUUGAUCAGCCGCGACACUUGAAGCAUCCAUCUGCAGUUCGAGCGAUCCCCGACGACGACGAAAACGUCGCGAAGGACGUGUGGGAAGAGGCCUUUGGGGACUUUGAAGAAGUCUGCCGUAGUGUUUGAGAAUGAGCGAAGGAUAUCCAGAAGUCGACAACGAUCGUUAACACAUAUGCUGGACAUAUGUUUAGUGAAAGUUUAAUCGGUGAUUUGUGUAGAGUGCUUAAUUAAGUGACGAAUUUAUUGCGUAGUUUAGUAAAGUGGCGACAGUGGGUGACGAAGAUAGCCGAUAGUGAACAUCUGCGUGAUUAGCAUAAUGUUCUACAUCUAGUGCAUGAAUGAAAUCCAACAAUAGAACAGUGCGGGAAGUCAAACAAAACGGUGGUGAGCAAAGUUACGAAAAUAAAUCGACCUAAACUACAACGACUAGACUGACGCAUCGCUACGUCAGAAAGAAUAAAAUGCAAGCUAAUUACCUAAUUUGAAUAAUUCCAUGCUGCGGAAGUCAAACUCGCUGAGAGUGAGUUUCGCCUCAGUUGGUCGACAGUGCAACAGGUUGUUCGUACUGUUUUAUGCUUAAUCCGAUCAGUGUUCAAAGUUUUGCAGCAGAGCGCCCUAGAAUGCACUAUUAAAUUGAAAUUUAUCACCAGACGACAGUGUGUUCAAAGUGAAAACUAGUUUCAUGAUUGUUUAAUUAGCUCGUUUGCUGGCAAUCUAACAACUCCCACGAUGGAACGAAUUGCCCAUGUGCUAACGAAUCUACGUAGGAUUGCCCUGCCAACGGUGGUAAUCCUAAUCACUCUUGGUGUAACGCAACAAAGUUUGGCAUACCUGGAGGACCGACCCCCUGUCUAUCUGGAGGCCAAAGUUGGAUCGUACGUCAUUCUAAACUGCCCAGUGGAUUUCCCCAAAAACGAUCCCAUCCCUUACGUGCUGCACUGGAAUAAGGAUAACAAACCCGUCUUCACACUAUACGAUGGCAUACUCAACACCUACGAAACCUACAUCGGUCGGGUGACGUUGUUGAGCAACGAUCUUGUUUACGGAAAGGCAUCGCUGAACCUGACGUCCAUACGGGAAAGUGACAACGGCUGGUACGAGUGUAAGGUCAUCUUCCCGAACAGGGUACCGAACAAGCGCAACAAUGGAACCUGGUUCCACAUUUCGGUGUUGGGUGGUACAUUGCUCAAGAUCCCACCGGUGAAUUCGACCGUUCUGGAAGGCGAUCCAGCAUUCUUCCACUGUACGGCUCAGAACCCGGAGACGAUGUUCGUCGAGUGGUACAAAGAUGGCGUUCCUCUGCUGGAGAUGUACGAUCUUAUAAACAGAUCGACCUUCGGACCAGACGGAAGCCUUACCAUUCUUCCGACCCAGAUGAGCGAUUUGGGAUACUACACGUGUUUAGUACGCAAUAAAGCAAAUGACACGCAGGAUGCGAGUGCCUUCUUGAAUGUUCAAUAUGCAGCGAAGGUGAUAUUUGCUCCAAAGGAAGUUUAUCUGCCAUUUGGGCAGCCUGCUGUGCUGGAUUGCCACUUCAGAUCCAAUCCUCCGUUAACGAAUCUUCGAUGGGAGAAGGAUGGUUUUCUUUUCGAUCCGUACAACGUCCAGGGUGUGUUCUACAAACGCAAUGGAAGCAUUUAUUUCGAGAAAGUGGAUGACUCACAUGCAGGGCGCUACUCGUGCACUCCCUAUAAUGAUUUAGGAACUGAUGGAUCCUCUCCGAUGAUCAACGUUAUUGUGCAGAAACCUCCGCAAUUCAUCUUGAAACCCAAGAUUCUGUAUGUGACCAAGAUCGGAGGAACGGUGGAGAUGCAUUGCGAUGCACGUGAUCAAGACGGUUCACAUACUCCACAAAUAAGUUGGAUUAAGGUAUCGAGAGAUGGAAGCCUACUUCCCCAUGGGCGUUACCAGCUGAACGGAGCUAAUCUAACAAUUGAAGACAUCACUGAGUCGGAUCGAGGCAUCUACGCUUGUCAGGCGACAAACGAAGCUGCGACUAUUUCGGCUGACGCCGAGAUCAUGAUCGAGAAUGUGUCCCCAAGAGCUCCGUACAAUCUGACUGGAAACAGCUCCGAUACUGCGAUCACCUUACGAUGGGCUCCCGGCUACAUUCGACAAUAUCUGGAGUACAUCAUCUGGUACCGGUUAGCGGAAGCGCAAGAAUGGAGGACGUUCAAAGUGAACAACAAGCAUAUUCUGGAGGCAACGAUCACGAAUCUGUUGCCUGCCAAGGAAUAUGAAUUCAUGGUGCUUUGUCAAGAUAGCUACGGCGAUGGAAUGUUCAGCAAAGCGUUCAGAUAUUUCACGAAGCCUAAGGAAUUCGAGCAGCCGGAAACGUUCCAAGACACGCUGCUACAGUUCAAUCAGAUCGGUUCGCCAAUCAACCUGACCAUCGAGAAGCGACACAGCAACUACGAAGCACGCUGGAAACCGCCGGAGUUGGGUCUGGAUCAGCUUCGUUAUUACAUUCUGCGCUGGUGGGUGGAACCGCAGCAUAAACUGCACGGCAGCCGCACGACUCCCGAGACGAGCUAUAUUCUCGAGGAUUUGGACGAAGACGAGCUGUACACGUUCCAGGUGUUCGCCAUGUCCACUACCAACUACACCAGUGGCAGCAACGAGGUAGAAAUCUACAUUCAUCCCUACCAGAAGGUGAAGGUGAUGACCAUUGGAGGAGUGCUGUUGCUACUCGUCUCCUUGGCGGUUAUCAGUAUGCUUUUGUACGUGAAAAGAAACCGGAUAAGGAAGCUCCGAGCGGCGGAGAAUGUGAAGAUCUAAUGAGCCAUUUGCCAGGCCGACGAAUAAGUAUUCGAUAUCAUUGAUGCAAUUCCAAAUUAGUUUAAGAUAGGUUAGUUGUAUCGUAGAAUAUCGGAAAUAACUCAUUUGUUCAUAGGUUAGAAAAAGAAUGUGUCUGAUUCAUAGGUUAAGAUAUGAUGUAGAUGUUCGCUUAAUAAACAGUUGCAAUACUAGGUCUUUGAAGUGUGUUGGUUCAA